GUCGCCUAGCAACCAGGGACAACAGUGAAGCAGGAGGCGCGCGCAGGCGGCAGCGGGUGCAGUUCUCCAAGUCGGAGGAGCCGCUGCUCGGCGGGAUCUCCCGGCAGAAUGGGUAAAAAGAUAAAGAAGGAAGCAGAACCUCCUCCGAAGGAUGUGUUUGAUCCAUUAACAAUUGAAAGCAAAAAGGCAGCAACUGUGGUGUUAAUGCUUAAUUCUCCAGAAGAAGAAAUUUUGGCUAAAGCAUGUGAAGCCAUUUAUAGAUUUGCUCUAAAAGGUGAGGAAAAUAAAGCAACCCUCCUUGAACUUGGAGCUGUGGAACCUUUAACUAAACUGCUCACGCAUGAAGACAAAAUAGUAAGAAGAAAUGCUACGAUGAUAUUUGGGAUCCUGGCUUCUAACAACGAUGUUAAAAAAUUGUUAAGGGAGUUAGAUGUCAUGCAUUCUGUCAUUGCUCAGCUUGCUCCAGAAGAAGAAGUAGUUAUCCAUGAGUUUGCUAGUCUUUGCCUAGCAAACAUGUCUGCAGAGUAUACCAGCAAAGUGCAAAUAUUUGAACAUGGUGGAUUAGAGCCGCUCAUCAGACUGCUGAGCAGCCCAGACCCUGACGUGAAGAAGAAUUCUAUUGAGUGCAUUUACAACUUGGUCCAGGAUUUUCAAUGUCGAGCUACACUUCACGAACUAAAUGCAAUCCCUCCUAUAUUAGAUCUCUUGAAGUCAGAAUAUCCAAUUAUUCAGUUGUUGGCGCUCAAAACCUUAGGUGUUGUUACGUAUGACAAGGAGUCACGAACAAUGCUGAGAGAGAAUCAAGGCGUGGACCAGCUUAUUAAGAUCCUAGAAACUAAGGAAUGGAAUGACCUUCACGUAGAAGCACUUUCAGUGGUAGCCAAUUGCCUUGAAGAUAUGGAUACCAUGGUGCUGAUUCAGCAGACAGGGGGCCUUAAGAAGCUCCUGUCAUUUGCAGAAAACUCUACAAUUCCUGACAUUCAGAAGAAUGCAGCUAAAGCCAUCAGUAAAGCGGCUUCUGAUUCUGAAAAUAGAAAACUUUUUCACGAACAAGAAGUUGAAAAAUGCCUUGUAGCCCUUUUGGGUUCCGAGAGCGAUGGAACUAAAAUUGCUGCCUCCCAGGCCAUUUCGGCCAUGUCUGAGAAUGCCGGCAGCAAAGAGUUCUUCAACAAUCAGGGGAUCCCACAGUUAAUUCAGUUGCUAAAAAGUGACAACGAAGAGGUCAGAGAGGCUGCCGCCCUCGCCCUGGCCAAUCUGACCACUUGUAAUCCUGCGAAUGCAAAUGCUGCUGCCGAAGCUGAUGGCAUUGAACCAUUAAUAAACAUCCUGUCCAGUAAACGAGAUGGAGCUGUUGCCAACGCGGCCACAGUGUUAACAAACAUGGCAAUGCAGGAGCCCCUGCGUGUAAACAUACAGAGUCACGACAUCAUGCACGCCCUCAUCGGCCCGCUGCAUUCUGCCAACACGGUCGUGCAGAGCAAAGCAGCCCUCACUGUGGCUGCAACUGCCUGUGAUGCUGAGGCCCAGACAGAGUUAAGAAACGCAGGUGGACUGGAGCCCCUGGUCGAGCUCCUGCGCUCCAAGAAUGAUGAAGUGAGAAAGAAUGCCAGCUGGGCUGUAAUGGUCUGCGCCAACGAGGAGCUGAUGGCCGUUGAAUUAUGCAAGCUCGGGGCCUUAGAUAUCCUUGAAGAAAUUAAUCUCUCAGUAAGUCGAAAAAAUAAAUUCAGUGAGGCAGCUCAUAACAAAUUGCUCAACAACCACUUGUCUCUGAAAUACAGCCAGACUGGGUAUUUGUCAUCAAGUAACAUAAUUAGUGAUGGAUUCUAUGAUUACGGUCGGAUAAAUCCUGGCACCAAACUUCCGCCUUUGAAGGAUCUCGCCUUUCAAGAACCAAGUGAUCUCCGUGCUAUACUCUUAGUUAACAGUAAAUCUUCUGAAGUCUCUCCACCUGCAUCUAUGGAAGAUAAAUCAUCAGACGUUGGUUAUGGACGGAGUAUUUCUUCUUCAUCUUCCUUAAGAAGAGCAAGUAAAGAAAAGACCAAAAAAAAUAGUUAUCAUUUUAGUGCCGCAUUUGGAUCUCCCACAGAAGAGAAAUCAGAACCUGCUUCCGGUCGAAACACAGCUCUUGGCAAAGGCACCGCUAAAGAAAAAGCAUCGAGGAAAGGCAGAGGAAAAAAAGAAGAGGAAAAAGUGAAGGAGGAAGAAGAAGUGUUGGCAGUACCCAAAUUGCCUGGAGAAGGGAACUAUGAUAAAGAGUGGUACCCUCCAGCUGAUUCUGACUUCUGUGUUUAUGUGUAUGAAGUGACCAAAUCAAUUCUUCCCAUAACCAAUAUUAAGGAACAGAUUGAGGUUCUUGCAAAGUAUGUGGCAGAAAAAAUGGGCGGUAAAAUUCCGAAAGAGAAACUCCACGAUUUCGGCUGGGAGCUUCACAUAAGUGAACUAAAAUAUCAACUUAAAUCUAAUGUUGUACCAAUUGGACAGAUCAAAAAAGGAACCUUCUACCAUCGAGCCUUGCUUUUCAAGGCUCUGGCUGAUAAAAUUGGCAUCGGCUGCUCUCUGGUUCGCGGGGAGUAUGGCAGAGCUUGGAAUGAAGUUAAGCUGAUGAAUGAAUCUCGUAAGGGAGCGAUUGGGGGUCUGCCUCCUCCCGAGGUAUACAUAGUUGACCUCAUGUUCCAUCCAGGAGGACUGAUGAAGUUGAGAAGUAGAGACGCAGAUCUGUAUAGAUUUCUUUAAACCAUCAAAUGAACACAAAAAGGGUUCAAGCCAGAAAUUCAUUAUAUGCAUUUUCUACGGAGUUCACCAAUUGAUUUUGUUUCUUUAAAUAGAAGUAUUAGAAAUGCUCUCUCUGUGUAGAAAUGAGGAGAAUUGGAUCAAACUUGGUUGUGCUUCUGAUUCCGGGCUUUUGGGAAGAGUUCAGUCUGAUUAGAUCAUAUUAUGGGCACUGUCCCUCAUGGAAAGCCUAUUAUUGUCAAAAUUAGUCCAACCCACUAUUUCCUAAGGGGCAUCUCUGCCUGUUGGGAAUCAUGUGGAAAAGCAUCCAGCUGCUAUUCUCAAGACAACACCAUGGCCUCAUGACUGUCAUUCUUCAUACCCAGAAUGCUUCAGGAACACUUGGUUAAAUAAAUUCCAUGUUUUUUUAUUGUC